AUGUCCGGCGGCACUAGAACUGUCGAGUCUCCAAACGGCCAUCCACCGCAGCCCAGCUCUCGUCGCAGGCCAAAGAGACCUGAUCCGGCGCGAGCCAAGGGCAAAGGCCGCGCCCAUCCAAACGGCAAUAUUUUUGAACAGGGACCACUGACUGAAUGGCCACCGUCCGGCAUGUCAAGUAAUGAAGAGCUCACUCUCGGUGAUGCUGUCGCCCUCGUAUCGCGAGGUGUGCCUGCUCACAAGGGACACAAGCGCCCUGUUCCUCACGCUUCAGAUCAUUACUACGCUCUCUUUACGACGUCUUCCAACGGAGACCCAACCGAGGAAUCCGAUGUGGUCAACUUACACGACUCCAUGACCCAACUCAUGACUCUCCGUAUGCAGGGUCCUGGUCUCGCCGAUUACCCUUGGGAGACAUUGGAACAACCCAGUUAUGCCUUCUUUCACGGUCAACGCCCUGGCACCAUUACCCUUAACCAAUGGGCUGCCAUGUCGAGCAUACUGCCACCGAGGAUUGCCUUGAGAGAUUCCGGGGUGACGCCUCGGGAGGUCGACUUGGGCCACAUAUUCAGGCGUCUGAAAGAGCUCGAGUCCGGCCUUGAGGAUGACGACGAAGAAUUCAUGUACAGAAGUCUAUACCGCCGCUUUCUUCGCGAUCCCGACAAGCUGCUGAGUCCGCACAAGACGCUUGACAAGCAGAUUACUGAUCUGAUCAUGGUUUUAACACGGCCGGAUUGGAUUGACUUUACAAACCCCAAAAACCAAGUCGUCACGCGGUUUAUCUUCGACCCAAGUCACUCCAGCCAGGCUCAGUACCUCAAGUUCUGCCAGCAACUCCUGCUCAGCAUGGAGCUUGACCUCCGCAUCAACUCGAGUCUUCAUGCUGACUCGGCAAAAGACAAGUUGGUACUGCAACUUCCACCUACCAUUCAAUGGAAUCUCGCACUUGCGAGACGUUGGCGGGAGCACGUUAGGGUCGAGAGCUAUGGGAAGACGGUCGAUCAGAUAAGCCUCCGCUUCAGAUUGAAGAAGCGGCAGAUCAAGAUGCUUCGACGAUUCGCUCAGAUGAUGAAGUGGCCAAACCUUGGCCAAACCCUGGACAGCAUGAAGCAGCGGGACAUCGAGGCGAGUCUCGACAUCAUCAGCUCUGAUGCAUUGGCCUUCUUCAGCGGGCUUGUGCUGCCAGGUCCAACAUUCCCGUUUCUGAUUAUGAAUACCCUGAUCGACAUCGAUCCUGACAAGGCUACCGAUUCGCUUGCCCUCCUCACACAUCUCCAUCCUCACUGUGGAUUUCAGUACAGGAACAGUUACACGUACUGGACUGCUUCAUCCAUUGUUGGCAAGGUCCUUGCUCCCACUUGCAGGUCUUUGGCUGGCUGGGUUGGGCCCGCUCGACCAACGGCAGACCUCGGCCGUUCUCAGAUCGCGAGAGUGCGGUCGCGCCGACCCCGUCAACGAAUGACGCCUGAAGAUGUCCAGUCCAUGAGCGAGCGAUCCGACCCUCUUGGCCCUCCGGCUGAGGUGUUCCCCGUCAAGGAGUACAAACUUGUGGGGCCGGAUGCCGACGACAUUGUCGACACGGUGCGCAUUGAGCUCCUCAGCUUCAAAGCUAUCCCAGACCGAUUCCAGGAACCACCGCCUGCGCCGAAGGUGUAUGAUGCCACGAUCCAAUUCGCUGUUGAUGGGGUUUCGUGGCCAAUGCGUCUUACCUACGACGUGUCCUUCAUUUCGGCAUGGCCUUGUUCAGACGGGCCGCACCCAUUGUUUUUCGACUACGUCUACCAAACUGUACGGGCGGACGACAUCAUGAGCAUCAAAGACUGGGGUGGGUUAUACGGACAGUCUCAAAGUGCGCGCAGCUCCCGGACCAGUUCUAAUCCGGGCCCUCAUACAGCUUCAAGCCAGGAACAGAUUGAUGAGGAGCAAGUCUUGGUUGUGGAAGCAUUCGGGGUAAGGGAUAACGAGGUAUUGGCCAGAGCUUGGUGUUCCCACUGGGGCCUCAGCGCCAUCGUUGCUGAUCUUCGCAAGACUUGUAUGGCUUGCGCCAUUCGAGAGGCGUAUGCAGCAACUUUGACGGUUGUGAUUCUGGUCGACAGUCGAGAAUACAACGACGACGAUUAA